AUGGCCACCGCAGCGCUCACCAACUCGGACUUUGACAUCAAUAUCCUCGAAAAUGCUUUAACAAACCCCAACAUCGAACUCACCUUCCCCUUGCCCACCGACAAGGAAACCUACAUCCCAUUGGAGACCAAUGAACAGACGUCCAACAGUUUCCAGCUUUUGGAGCACUUCAUCAACUUCUUUUCCAGCACCAAUGUCUUUGAAAUCUACAACAAUGCCGAGUACAGGUACUCGGUCAAGAAAACAUCAGCCAAGUUCAACCAGGCAGGAAAUGAAUACAUGAAGAAUCGCCUAGAGAAUACCGACGAGUACUUGGAUGAAAUUGUGUACAAGUUGGUGGACCUGGAGUUGAAAAUGAACCUCAUCAAGGCUAAAGACUUCCCUACUAGACACAAGGAGGUCAAGGACUUCAUGGUCAAAUACUACAUGGAGGAGAACAAAAAGAAUCUUCCUGUUUUUGGCGACCAAAAGUUUGUGCGAUUGUGCUACAUUACCGUUAUCAAAACCAUCUCCAAGAUGUUUCCCCUGGGAGUAUGGGUCAACCGUGUUCAAUUCAGUAACCUUUACCAGAAGUAUUUGGAGGAUCCAAUGUCUAUUGUGCUUCUCCCCAACCAUCAGUCGCAUAUUGAUUAUGUGAUUUUGCACUUAAUUAUGAUCCGCUUCCAGAUGUCUAUCCCCAUUGUCAUUGCAGGUGACAACCUCAACGUCGCUGUCUUUGGAUCCAUUUUGAAGGGUCUUGGUGCAAUCUUCAUCAAACGUUCUUUUAACAAUGAGCUCUAUACCGAAAGAAAUCUUAACAACUACAUCGAGUUUGUCUUUGCAAACAAAAUCCAUUUCGAAGUGUUUAUUGAGGGAACAAGAUCGCGAGACGGAAAGCUUUUACUACCAAAGUAUGGUAUCUUGAAGAGCUUGGCAUCUAUUUACUUGAAACAGAGAAACCAGGAAAAGAAAUCCGACUUUGACUUGUUGAUCCAACCCAUCUCCAUCACAUAUGAGAGGGUCUACGAGGCAGAUGGAUACCUCAAUGAAUUAAAUGGAAUGGACAAGACUCAAGAAAGUUUCGUCAAUAUCCUUACAAACGGUCUUUCGAACAUGUUUUCUUCUGCCGAUAAAAGUGGCCUCAAGAAGCUGAAAGACGGAUACGUGGACAACGCCGAAAAAUCAUUGAACGGCAAGAUCUACGUCAAGUUGGCUGAAAACUUCAAGUUCUCUUCUUAUGUCAAUGAUCCCGACAAUUCUCUCGACAUUAGCGAUGACAAGGAGCAAAUUGCCUCGGAGCAGAACUUGAAUUUGAAGAAGCUCGGUUUCAAAAUCCUCCAUUCCGUCAACGAGGCUUCUUACCUUCCAGAAAGUGCAUUGGUAGGAAUGACAAUUCAAACGUUCAACUAUCACUACAGAAAGAAGGAAUUUGCAACCGCAGAGCUUCUCCCCAUGUUCAAUUUUCUAUUGAAGGUGUUGCUGCAGGGCGAUCUAACGAAAUCUAACGCAAAGAUCAUCAGCGACAUUCAGUCCUUGAAUGAUGCGGAAAAAAUCGAUUUGAUCCAGAUGCAAAUUGUCAAGUUCCUCAAAUACACGAAGGUGAACCUCGAAAAGCAGCGCAUCAAGAUCAUCAAUUCGUUCGAGCUCCUCUACUACAAGAAUCUUUGCAUACACCUCAUCAUUCAUCGGUGUCUCGUUUCGUUUAUUUUGAUGCGCACGCUGAACUUGUACAAGAUCAACCGGCUCUACUACAUCUUCACCGGAUUUUUGAAGAAUGAGUUCCUUUUCGAUUACGACUACAAUCCAGAACAUAGCAUUUCGAACAUUUUGAGAAAGUACCAGGAGCUUGGAGUGAUUGACGACUCGUACCUGAUUGUGGAUGAGGAGUACCACAGUAUCUUGGCUACUAUCAUAGAACCCUUCAUUCAGUCAUACUUGGUAUGCGUGGAUCAUAUCAAUGAUGAUGCUCGUCAAUCUCGCGCCGAGGGCAGAAAGGAACUCACGGAACAACAACUCAUUGAUGACUCUGUUCUUCUGAAGGAGUAUCCUACUACGAAGUCGCUCUUAAAGACCAUCCAAAAGGACAACUCCAAGAAUUUCAAGAACGAGUCUAGCAGUUACCGCAUUGAGACGUACAACAAGCAAUAUUUGCUUUCAUUUUUAUUUUACCUUAACAAUCUCAAGCUCAUCAAGAUCUUCAAGAACAAGGCCAAGACAAAGGCGUAUGUGAUUAUCCGGAAGCCCAAGGAUCUUCAAUUCACGCUGAAGUUUUUCUCUGAGUUACUUGAUAGGAAGGAGAUUAGCGAUUUUGAUGUUGCGUACAUGAUCGAUAUUGUUGACAAGAACUUUGAAAGAAGUCAACAGAUCACAAGCAAGCUUUAG